AUGGUUAGUUGCAUCAGUUUGAGUUCAGCUGGUAUUAAGUGGUUUGUGACUAUUCAUUCUCUCUCUCUCUCUCUCUCUCUCUCUCUCUCUCUCUCUCUCUCUCUCUAUAGAUCCUUUGUAACGGGCACUGCAUGCUGCGAGAACUUCUCCCCUCUUCGCGUCUGGGAUGUUGAACGUUCGGAGUGUGUUUGCAGUCUGGGCUCAGAGUUUCGUCGCGGGGCCGGUGUGUUGGACAUGGUGUUUGAGUCUCCGUUCCAGCUCUUCACCUGCGGCUAUGAUACCUUCAUCCGACUGUGGGACCUCCGACUCAGCCCACGGAAGUGUGUGAUGGAGUGGGAGGAGCCUGAUGACAGCGCGCUCUACUGUAUCCAGACGGACGGGAAUCACAUGAUAGCCAGCGGCUCCUCGUACUACGGCGUCGUGCGACUCUGGGACAAACGGCAGACCGAAUGCCUGCAGUUCUUCCACCUGAGCUCACGCCCGGUGAGCAGCCCGGUGUACUGCCUGAGGUUUAGCAGCUCUCACCUGCACGCAGCCCUGGCCACCUCCCUGCACUCACUGGACUUCAGACAGAACCCCAUCCACAUUAGAUGAUACACACACACACACACACACACACACACACUCUGUUCAAAUUAAUCUGUUCAAUAAAGCUGUCUAUUUUCACACAAAAAAAAGUUUUUUGAAAGGAACUGCUUAUUCUGAGCCAGCAACGUAUUUUCCAUGAUUUUGGUUUUGGAAGAACUAAGCUUUUUCUCCAUGUCACAGUGAUAUAAUAUUCCAUAAAGUGGGUGGACUUAUUAGAGAGAAGAAUGGUCAAAGGGGCCAAGAUAUCCUGAUUUUUAUUCCCUGGUGCUCUUUUAGGCUCCAAGAACCCUUACUACUACAUUUCCUAUCAUGCAACCGUAUAGCAUCUGUCAUUGGUUAAUGCCAGACUGCAAACCUUUGGUUCGGAAAAGUGAAGCCAAUAAGGAAGUCCCUUCAAUCUGCAUUCUUUCUAAUUGUCGUCAACUAACUAUUACCACUUUCGUGGUUCAUCCCAGAAAGUAGAGAACGUGAUGAACGCAGGUUCAUCACAAUUUUGUUUGUGUCCAUGUGUGUGUGUGUGUGUGUGUGUGUGUGUCUGUGUGUAUAUAUAUAUA